GGGCAAAAAUGCAACUUCCACGAAAAGUUUUAGUGACAGAUCUGUUUUUCUUCCAUGGGCUCUUUUACCUUCACCUGAAAUCGUCGGUCCAAUGAGGUAAAAAGUAUUGGUUUCCUCAAAUUUCUGUUGUAUAAGCAAUGUUCUAUGGCUGCAGAGCAAAAUUUAUCGUAUCAAAUUUGUUUGCUCCUUCGCUUAGUGAUCGUCAUGAACGUGAAUUCGAGAAAUAUUAAUGCAAAAUCCCUUCUUUUCCGUUCUGUUGAUUGAUUUUUGAUAAGGCGUAUCAGUAAUCUGCGAAAGAUGAGCUGGUUCUCGAUGGCUUAUGUAAAAGACAGUGUAUUGUCAUCUGAAAGGAGAGCGAUUAGCUGUGGUGGUGAAUAAGUACAAAAAAUGAGUGAGAAACAUUUGUGGGCCCCUCGACGGGCGAGGAGGUUUGGUCGAGUUUCUACUCAGAGAUUGUUGUUUUGUCUGUUGUCACUUGCUUUGGCAUUCUUGAUAUGUUUUGGGUAUUUUGGAGUAAAGAUGCAUUUUCACGGCACUGUAUCUUUGCAAGAUUUCAAAGAGAAAUUUAACUCGAGUCGUGUAGCACAGCAACCACGAAAGCCUCAUAGGCAGCGUUUUUUCCCUUGCGAGGUACCGUUUCUUGAUUCUGUUAAUUAUAUCCUUGAGCCUGAGGAUAAUACUAAGUUUGCACAUUUCUCCUUGGGAUAUGUUAGAAGAGAAAAUGGGACCCACCCAAAUGAAAUGACAGAAGUUCGUUUUGGAGGACAUCAGACACUUGAGGAUAGAGAAAAAUCGUACCACGCAACAGAUCAAACAAUUCAUUGUGGUUUUGUGAACAAUUCUAAUGUAGCUUCGAGCAGUGGAUUUGAUUUGGAUGAGAAGGAUAGAGAAUAUAUGAAUACGUGUAAGGUAGUUGUGUCAUCGUGCAUCUUUGGAAGCUCGGAUUUUUUGAGGCGUCCGACUAGCAAAGUGAUCAGUGAAUUCUCCAAGAAAAAUGUAUGUUUCGCUAUGUUUGUCGAUGAGCAAAGUUUAGCAAAAUUAUCAGCUGAAGGAAAUGCCCCAGAUGACAAUGGAAAUAUUGGAUUAUGGAAGAUAAUUGUUGUGAAGAACUUACCAUAUAAAGAUUUACGAAAAACCGGAAAAGUGCCUAAAUUUUUGUCCCAUCGCCUUUUCCCUUCUUCUAGGUAUUCUAUUUGGCUCGACAGUAAAUUGCGACUAAAUGCAGACCCGAUGCUGAUAAUCGAGUACUUUCUGUGGCGAACCCGUUCAGAAUAUGCGAUUUCGAAUCAUUAUACUCGGCACUGUGUAUGGGAAGAGGUACUCCAAAAUAAGCGUCUGAAUAAGUACAAUCACUCGGCUAUUGACGAGCAGUUUCGGUUUUAUCAGUCUGACGGUCUCACGAAGUACGAAUCAUCUGACUCCAAAGAUCGUCUGCCGAGCUUUGUACCUGAAGGCUCGUUUAUUGUCAGGGCUCAUACGGCAAAUUCGAACCUAUUUUCGUGCCUUUGGUUCAACGAGGUCGAUAGAUUCACUUCACGUGAUCAGCUGAGCUUCGCGUAUACAUAUUUGAAGUUGAAGAGAAUAAACCCGGAUAAAAAAUUCUAUCUACAUAUGUUCAAGGAUUGUGAGAGAAGAGCAAUAACGAAGCUAUUUCAUCACAGAACAGACGUAUAAAAAAGUUUCUUUUGGCGAUUUAUGAUCCUUUUAAGAGACGAUGGGGUUAUUACAUACUUACAUUCCCAUUACUCAAAAAGUAAUUUUGAUUUAUAUUUGAUAGGGUUCGAUACGUGUGAUGCAAGAAGAACAAAAGCCUCUGUCGAUAAAUGCAAUGAAAAGAUGAGUUCUUGCAACUUAUAUAGCACUUGGAUUGAAUUGUCUUGAAAAUCUGGAGAGUUUCAUUUAUACAGAAAUUGAAUUAUCAAAUGGUUUGGAGUUCUUUGCAGUUUACAAUCAAAGGUUUGAUGCACUUUUAAUGUGACUAUAUCAAAUAUGGUUUGGGUAUUUUGCUUACAGGUUACUCUUAAAUCUUAAUUCUGAAAAAAUAAAAAAUAAAAAAUUGAAAGCUUUUCACUCAUUCAAAGUGGCAACAAUUGAAAUCUCGGGCUCAGGGAAAUCUCAAACUAAAACACAACCCAAAAUAGAACAAGUAAUAAUAAAAACACAACUGAAAAACACUACCCAAAAUAUAAGACUGAACACAUUUGUAAACAAAAGGGAUUAAGAUCCACACAUGAUGAAACUAGAAUAAUCGAAAUUUGAAAAUGGAUCAAUUCAAGAUGAUAGCCUUUUUGAUAAGGAAAAAUCAAAACUAAUAAAUACCGCUAAAACCAACAAAUUUUCAUUUAAUCAUAGUAGUGACCCUUCUGUAUGAGUGUACAUCAAUGGAGUCCUCAGCACUCCUCAGAGCCGUUAAACCCUUCAAAUCGAAGCUGCCAAAAUCCAUCACCAUACCACGAUCUUCCAUUUCUUCAAUUCACACAGGUGAAGUUGCUAACCGGAAAAGGGCAUAUGAUGCGUUGUUGUUAGACGCCGGCGGCACACUUCUGCAGCUGGCGAAGCCAGUUGAGGAAACGUAUUUAGCCAUCGGCCAAAAAUACGGUCUUAAAUCCACAGCAGGUGACAUAAAACAAGGUUUCAAGAGAGUUUUCUCUGCUCCCUGGCCAGAAAAGCUCCGGUACAAGGGUGAUGGUAGACCGUUUUGGAAAUUAGUUGUCUCUGAAGCCACCGGCUGUCACAAUGCAAAUUACUUUGAAGAAGUAUAUGAGUACUAUGCAAAUGGUGAUGCGUGGCGUCUUCCGGAAGGAGCUUGUGAAACAAUGUUAUGCCUAAAAGAUUAUGGAGUUAGAUUGGCUGUUGUGUCGAAUUUCGACUCUCGUUUGAGGAAGCUACUGAGGGAUCUUAACAUAUUAGAUCUGUUUGAUGCCGUCAUUAUAUCUUCAGAAGUCGGAUACGAGAAGCCAGACGAGAAGAUAUUUCGAGCUGCUUUAGGUAAAAGGUUUUAGAUAAUCUUUUCUUCAAAUCUAUUUCAAGUUGGAAAAUUGGNAUAAUCCGAGCUAAUGGUUGUUCUUAUAUACGGAUACAACAUAUGCAGGCUGUGGGGUUCAGAUGUGAAGAACUUCCAAGACAUACAAAAUCGAAUCCUCAUGCCUUCGUCGAGUCAAGUAAAUUAGAAAUUUUUUUACUUUGGUUAAGUAUUUGGAGGCAACAAAUGCAUUUAUGACAUGGUUUUUUGUUUUCACUGAUGUUCUAAAGAACUCGAAUGUUUUAAAUGUGACAGUCGAAUAUGUGACAAUAAACAUCUCAGAAUCGAGAUUCUGAGUUUAGUUACCUUCAUGGGAUUAUUGCAUGCACUAGACUUUGGCUAUGCUACUCUAGAUUGGUUUCAAUACAAUGGCCGUCUCAAAAAAGAAAGUAGGUUUUUCUCUCUAUGAAUUUUGAGUUCGGAUCCCUUGCAAGAAGCAAGAAGCA